AUGACUCAAAUCGAGCGUAUUACAGAGAACUUGGAGAAACCGGAGCUAGACGAUCGUUCUUAUCGGGUGAUCCGGUUGCCAAACAAGCUUGAGGCCCUCCUAGUUCAUGACCCGGACACCGAUAAGGCCAGUGCCGCCGUGAAUGUCAAUGUUGGCAAUUUCUCCGACGAAGAUGAUAUGCCAGGAAUGGCUCAUGCAGUAGAGCAUUUGCUGUUUAUGGGCACAAAAAAGUACCCGAAGGAAAAUGCAUACAACCAGUACCUAGCAUCCCACUCCGGUUCGUCCAAUGCCUACACAGCUGCCACUGAAACGAACUACUUCUUCGAAGUGUCCGCCACAGGUGACUCCAGUGCCCCGAAAUCAAGCGGAGAUAGCACCCCUGCCGAGACAAAUGAUAGCAAUGGCGUCUUGUCAAAUGGGAAUGGCUUAGAUGGGAAAUCGCCCCUCUAUGGAGCAUUGGAUCGGUUUGCCCAGUUCUUUGUCGCUCCGCUUUUCCUAGAGUCAACGCUGGAACGGGAGCUGCAGGCGGUGGAUUCGGAAAAUAAAAAGAACCUCCAAAGUGACCUGUGGCGUCUGAUGCAACUGAAUAAGUCGCUUUCAAACCCUAAACAUCCCUACAGCCACUUCUCGACUGGUAACCUGCAGACCUUGAAAGAAGAUCCACAGAAACGUGGUCUUGAAGUCCGCAGUGAGUUCAUCCGGUUCUACGAGAAGCACUACUCAGCCAACCGGGCGAAGUUGGUUGUCCUGGGGCGGGAGUCUUUGGACACUCUGGAGCAAUGGGUCUCCGAGCUCUUUUCCGAUGUCGAGAACAAGAACCUUGCUCAGAAUCGCUGGGACGAUGUUCAGCCUUUCACCGAGAAGGAUAUGUGCACCCAGGUGUUUGUGAAGCCCGUCAUGGAUACUCGAUCUAUGGAUAUGUACUUCCCGUUCCUCGACGAGGAGGAUUUGCAUGACACCCAGCCUAGCCGUUAUAUCAGCCAUCUGAUUGGCCACGAAGGCCCUGGCAGUGUUCUUUCUUACCUCAAGGCCAAGGGAUGGGCCAAUGGCCUGUCUGCAGGUGCCAUGCCUGUCUGUGCUGGGUCAGCGUUUUUCACUAUCUCGGUGCGUCUGACCCCCGAAGGUCUGAAGCAAUACCAGGAAGUUGCAAAUGUCGUCUUCGAGUAUAUCGCUAUGAUCAAGCAACGCGAGCCCGAGCAAUGGAUCUUCGACGAGAUGAAGAACCUUGCCGAGGUCGAUUUCCGGUUCAAGCAGAAGACCCCGGCUAGUCGAUUCACUAGCCGUCUGAGCAGCGUUAUGCAAAAGUCACUGCCUAGUGAAUGGCUGCUGAGCGGGUCUUUGCUCCGACGAUUCGACCCUGACCUGAUCAAGAAGGCGUUGAGUUAUCUGCGGGCCGACAACUUCCGCCUAGUCGUUGUAUCCCAGGAGUUCCCGGGUACAUGGGAUCAGAAGGAGAAGUGGUAUGGUACCGAAUACAAGGUCGAGAAGAUCCCACAGGAAUUCUUGGGCGGUCUUCAGAAGGCUUUAGAGUCGACUGAGGCCACCCGCACUUCUAACGUGCACAUGCCUCACAAGAACGAAUUCGUGCCGACCAGACUCUCGGUGGAAAAGAAGGAGGUGGCCGAGCCAGCGAAGACGCCUAAACUGAUUCGCCACGAUGAUCGGGUGCGCCUGUGGUUCAAGAAAGAUGACCGUUUCUGGGUGCCCAAGGCCACUGUCGAGGUAACGCUCCGCAAUCCUUUGGUGUGGGCUACACCUGCCAAUCUCAUCAAAACGAAGCUGUAUAGCGAGUUGGUACGAGAUUCGCUAGACGAAUACUCCUACGACGCUGAGCUUGCUGGCUUGGACUACCAUCUGUCGGCGAACAUUUUGGGCUUGGACAUUUCCGUGAGCGGGUACAACGACAAGAUGUCCGCUCUAUUGGAGAAAGUACUCAAUACCAUGCGUGGGCUAGUUAUCAACCAGGAUCGGUUCGACAUUAUCAAAGAGCGCUUGACGCGGGCAUUCCGCAAUGCCGAGUACCAACAGCCUUACUACCAGGUCGGAGAUUACACUCGCUAUCUUCUUGCCGAGCGCAGCUGGGUCAACGAGCAGUAUCUUGAAGAGCUGGAGCAUGUUGAGAGUGAUGACGUGGUCAACUUCUUCCCCCAGUUGCUUGAGCAGACCCACAUCGAAGUCCUGGCCCAUGGAAACCUGUACAAGGAGGAUGCCCUGCGUAUGACGGACUCUGUUGAGAAGAUCUUGGGGGGGCCGUCCUCUGCCUCCGUCGCAGUGGAUCCGGCUAACGUCAAUCACUGUAUUGAGUACUACCUCUAUAUCGGCCUCUUCUCUGAUGAUGUUCUGCGGUCGAAGCUUCAGCUGUUCGCGCAGCUGACUGACGAACCUGCAUUCGACCAGCUCCGCAGCAAGGAACAGCUCGGAUAUGUGGUGUGGAGCGGCGCACGCUACAACGCCACCACCCUGGGCUACCGGGUCAUUAUCCAAAGUGAGCGCACGGCACAGUAUCUCGAAUCGCGCAUUGAGGCUUUCCUCCGCGAGUUCGGCCCCAUCCUGGAGAAGAUGCCAGAAGAAGAAUUCGAGGGUCACAAGCGCAGUGUCGUGAACAAGCGCCUGGAGAAACUCAAGAACCUGAGCUCUGAGACUGGCCGGUACUGGUCACAUGUCGGAUCUGAGUACUUUGAUUUCCUGCAGCAUGAGACCGACGCGGCCAAUGUGCGCACCUUGACCAAGGCGGAUCUCGUUGCAUUCUACCGGCAAUACAUCGACCCGUCCUCGGCAACACGCGCCAAGCUUGCCAUCCACAUGAACGCCAAGUCAGGCGCGCAGGUUGAGGCACCGAAACUAGCUGAACAGAAAACACGACUUGUCGAAGUAGUCGCUAAGCACCUUGAAGCCUCUGACUUGGUAGUGGAUUCCGCCCGCUUGGCUACGGCAUUUGAUGAGGUUGACGCGACAGCGGACAAGUCCCAGGUCAUCUUUGCUGUGAAGGGUUUCCUGGCCACCGAGACAGGCCUGUCACAGCAGAAGAUCGAGCCUGUGCUUGAGACACUGGACGAGAAGCUCAGUUCACAGUUGAAGGAGCUGGGUCUUGGCUCUAGCAGUGAUAUUCAGGGUGUGGCUAAUGGCAAUGGCGAGACUCAAAAGGCUGUUGUUAUUACCGACGUGCCUACCUUCAAGGCCAGUUUGCCUGUCAGCACUGGCCCUGUUCCUGUCACGGAUCUGAGCGAGUAUGAGGAUUUUGAUGCCAAGCUAUGA